GUAGUGCUUUCAAGUAAUUCAGUGCUUAAGAUACAAUGAUGAAAUACUAUAUUUCGUUUUACAUGAAUACUUAAACACUAAUGCUAAUACUGGUGUAGUAAUGAAAUUUUAACAUGAAUCACUGUUAAAAUUGCUGAAGUUAAACACACAUAUCAAUAUUUAAAUAUACGUACGCGACUUACCGAAUUGAAAUACCAUAGUGUAUAUUUAAAUAUUGAUAUGAGUGUUUAACUUCAGCAAUUUAAUUCUGACCAGUGAUUCAAGUUGAAAUUUCAUUACUACACCAGUAAUUGCAGCAUAACAAUAUGUAUAAGGAAAAUUGUCCGCAUUUCUGUCACAUACAGAGACACAUAAAAUGCGAUCAGAUAUUUAUGCAUAUAGUUAUGCUGCUAUGCAAAUUUGUCUGGAUAGGCCCUAAGGCUGCGAUAUUCAUUGCCAGUACGGAAAAUAUAUAGUUCAGGUCACGUAUAUUAUAGAUUUUCAAUACUGGCAGUAAAUAUCGGAACACAAAGAUAGGAAUCAUUCAAAAUCAUUUGACAUGCUCUCCCUCAUGUUAUGGGUGUUAUGUUACGCGUGACCAUUAUGUGCAAUUAGAUAUUUAGAUAUUUGAAGCAUUAGUGAAUUGAUUAUGGAGACUCAACCAUUAAAAGCGUCUGAAAAAUUGCCAUCACCAUCACCAUCACCAUUACCACCACCACCGUAUUCUGUUGCGACAGCUCCAGCAGUGACUACGUUAUGGCAUUCAUCUCCCGAAUAUUCUAAUAAUAUUGAUCCUGGAUAUCAAGGAAACUAUGUCCCAUCAUAUGGCUCUACAUAUUCCACUGCUAUUAUUGUCCCAGAAAUUAUUCUAGUUGGUGGUUGUCCAGCAUGCAGAGUAGGUGUGAUGGAAGAUGAUUACACAUGCCUUGGCCUACUAUGUGCGAUUUUCUUCUUUCCCAUUGGGAUUCUUUGUUGUCUGCUAUUAAGGACAAGACGCUGUUCGAAUUGCGGAGCCUAUUUUGGUUGAUUUAAAAUAAGAUAUGCCUAUACUUGUAUAUAAAAAAUGAUAUGUCAAAUAGAUCUAAAGUUAGGUAAAAAGUUAGAUAAAAAGUAUUUAAAUAUUUAAGUAACAAUCAAUAUUGCAAAUUAUAA